GAGAAGGUGUGUUUCCGGAAGACGUGGCUGUUGCUGCAGUGGCAGCUGUCAUCUAAAUUCUUCUUAGAUGAGCACCGGUAUAGCUACUGUACUCUUUUCUUUGUUUCUCCUUUACCGUCACCUGUUGAGUCAGCGCCAAGAUGAUUUCGCUAACGGACUCCCAAAAGAUCGGCAUGGGAUUAACGGGCUUCGGCGUGUUUUUCCUCUUCUUUGGGAUGAUCCUGUUCUUUGACAAAGCACUCCUGGCUAUCGGGAAUAUCCUGUUUGUUGCUGGACUCGCCUUCGUCAUCGGGCUGGAGAGGACCUUCCGCUUCUUCUUCCAGAAACACAAGAUGAAGGCCACCAGUUUCUUCCUGGGAGGUGUGUUUGUGGUGCUGAUUGGCUGGCCCAUCAUUGGAGUCGUGCUGGAGAUCUACGGCUUCUUCCUCUUGUUCAGGGGUUUCUUCCCCGUUGUAAUAGGCUUCAUCAGAAGAAUACCUGUCCUCGGCUCCAUCCUAAACCUUCCCUUCAUCAGUGCAUAUGUGGACAAAGUGGGCGAGAGCAACACCAUGGUAUAACACUGACUUUUUGUACCCAGAGAAAGCUGUUUGACUACAGCAGUUUUAUAAAGCAACACAAUCUCCCAUCGAGCUGAUUUAAAGCAGCUAAGGUUAUACAUUCAGAUUCCUUCCCCCUCCAGCAGGCAAAGACUGCUCUGUUUGUCUAUAAUUACAUUGGUCAGCGCUACCAAUCAAAGGCUCAUCAGAGCGUUGUACCACCAGUUUGUUACUAAAGGAUGGCGUUACUAAGGUGACUACAAUAAAUAUUUCAAAUUCUAUUGACCCCUUCACCAUUGAGUGCAUCUUGCAUGAAAAUGGAGGAUGGAAGACACCCCCAAAAGCACCAUAGACUCUAUUAUCUACGUGGCUUUCUUACUCUCUGGAGCAAACAGAAAAAAACUAACGACCCUCCUCAAGGAUGAGAAGUGGACCGACAGCUUGCCAUAUGUUGUCAUAUUUCUGUGCCUGUGCUUUAACUUUAUUUGGAUGAGAGCUGUUAAGUCCUGCAUUCUGUCUCUUUGCAAUUACUCUGUGACUCUUAGUUUCUUUCUGUCUUGCAGCUAUUUGAAUACCAAGUGUCGCUAUUGUAAUAUUUUCCCUUUGUUACUUCUCAUUUCUGUUUACGGUUGGCUAAUUAGUACUUCAGUGUAAAUUAUUUUUUAAAUUAUCAGUGCUUGACUUCAUGUAUCGGGAGGUGUUUUGGAUCAUACUGGUAUUUAUUACGAUGUUGUGCCCAAAUAACUACUAAUUGUAUGUUCUUUGUAUUAAGGCCUUGUUAAAAAAAGAAAGUGAAAUGGCAAAGUUCAUUGACUUGUUGGUGCGAGAAGCUUGGUGACCACUAGCGGGGCUAGUUGGAAAACUCCUGUAUCUGGCUAGCGCACAUGCUAGUCAGUCGGGAAUGUCAGUCACAAAAGCUCUCCAAGCUAGCUGUUUUGCUAACUGUCACUUUGCAAGCCAAGCAGCUCAGUCGCUAACUGGAAGGUAAAGCAACAUAGUUAAUUCAAGAGAUAUAUUUGUUCCAUUGACUCCUGUCUCUUGACUGUCUGCCAGUCAUUGCUCUUUUGUUGAACAGUGAGACUGUUCAACUGUCCAUUCCCCCAGAAGGAAUUCACGCGUCAAAGUUCACCAAAGUUAAACUCUAUGUGAAAGAUUCGGGCUGCUUUACUUUGCACCUGCAGGGAGUUUUGCUGAUCACAGCGUUUCAACUGAAAGACAUAGAUGUCAGUUGAAAAUGUAACUGUUUUAAAUACUACUGUGACCUGGCAUUUAUUGUUGUUUUCCUAUCUCCCAGCAAACUAUUGGUUAAAGGUGUUGCAUAUAGCUCAUCUAUCACAAUAAACAUUUUAUCAUUUUUCUUUUGCUGCCAAAGCUAGCUUAUAAAUGUAUGAUAGGUAGGAAACAAAACAUGUCCAUAGUAUUGAAAAUCUACCAAAGGUCUGCUCAGAUUCCUAAUCUCAUUAUGUAUUCCUUGACUAGAUACUUCCUAAUUAAAUCAAAGUUUUCCCAUUUUAGAGCAGAUGCUAGUGUUUAGGCAGUAUUUACUAUUUUGGUCUUUUAGUUACUUCUUUUCAAUGAAAGAAGUGUAUAAGCACUACUAUAGAGACAUUUUAAAGGAUAAUCUGCUUUAUUUUCAAAACUCUUUGUUGUUAAUAUAUCCAGCAAAACUCUUGACAUGUGAGAUGUAGAAUUAGCUAAGAAUCAACCUUUUUUUAUACAGGAAGCCAAUCAUCCAUUUCUCUUCCUGUUUGUCUUCUGGGUUUGAUAUUCUGACAUCAAGGCACACAAAUGAAAUGCUAUCCAGAAGCCAAAUCUUUAUGACAGAACAACAAAGCAUUUUCAAAAUGUAAUGUUCACUGUAGUGUGUUAUAUAUGAGCAGCAGUGUUUUCAUUCUCUGCCAGUUGAUUUUCAUAGCAUACUGAAAUGAACUGAAACCAAUGGUUGCCUGCAGGGUAGGUAUAAAGUGUACACCACUUGUUUUUAAAGGACAGUGUAUUUCAACUUGGGUCUUAUUAAGGCCAAAUCUAUGAAAAGAAGACCCAAAUUGUAAUAAACUUUAUCCUUUAAUGGGUUAAAACAUGUAAAACACUGGUAUGGUCCCUUUUUAAAGUGAAAAACAUCUCAAUUGAAGAAUUCAGAUAAGUUAUUCCUUUUGUUUAGAGCAGUUAAUUAAAUAGGAAUGUGUAAGAACAAUUGAACUCUUUCCAAACUUAAUUUUUUUUUCAACACAAACCUAUAACACCAUCAAGCUGUAAAUUGUUGAGCUGCUGCACCAACACAAAAUGGGAACAGCUCGUUUUUGUGGACGUACAGACCUUUAUACAGUAUAUAAAUGAGAAUUGGUUUUAUUAGGUCAUAUUAACUAGAUAGUCCCACUAGAUGCUUUCAGAGUCCUUUCUUCAAUAAUUCAUUCACACAGCAGUGUCCCUAAACCUGUGUUCAACUCUAACAUGUUCAAGUUCUCCUGUUUCCUUGUGUUUUUGAGAAAGAAUUCUUCAUCAUCGCACACAUCAGCCACAACAACCCAGGGGCUGAAUACAUGAAUUCCUCAACUGUGGGUCUUUCUGUUCAAAGCAUAGAGACAACUGAAGUUACCUGUGAAAUGACAAUGUUUUGCUGUAUGGCACUUUUGUAAAUAUACUAUGAAAGUUAGCUUUGUAUCUGCCA